AUGCCUAUCACCUGGGACGCCACGAUGGAUCGCAAGCUCCUCCUCGCGAUUCUGAAGAAGCACCAGAUCUCCGUCGACGCGGAGGCGGUCGCCUCCGAGCUCACCUCCGAAGAGCAAGCAUGCACCCCGACCGCCGUCAGGAAGCGUCUUCAGAAGAUCCGCGAGCAGAUCAAGGAUGGCUCCGGGGCCGACGAGGGAGAAGGCACCCCGAAGCCGAAGGCGACCCCGCGGAAGCGCAGUGCUGCCGCCGCUGAGGGAGAGUCGCCAGCUAAGAAGGGGAAGGCUGGGAAGAAGGGCAAGGGUAGCAAGAAGCAGACCGAGGAGGAAGCUGAUGACGAAGAGGAGACUGCUGCCGCCGGUGUCAAGAAGGAGGAGGUGGACGACGAUGGAUUCUAA